CUUAGACCCAUAAGAAAAGAAGAGAUCUUCCACAAAUAGGAAACAGAAUCUUCGAUCGAUUUACUGAAAAAAGGGAGGUCAUGGGCCCCGUCACGUGAGCGGGGACGCUCAGUCAAAUCCACCGGAGCAAAGCGGGAAAGUUCGAUUGCGCACCGCCCUCAUCUCUAGGGUUUAUAUUCAUCACAAUCCACAGCCAGCGUCUCAUUGCCGCCGGCAAUGGAAGAAGUCAGGGCUACCGCCGCCUGGGUCGCCUCCCAUUCCUCUCACGUCACUGUCGAUUUCGCAGGAAUUGAGAAGGUGACAGAGACGAUGAAGAAUUCGAUACCGAAUGUGGAAUGGGAUUAUGAAGGCAUUCACUAUCGCGACAACGGGCCCCUUACAGUUCAGUAUUUGCUCGUUUUGGAUGCUCUGAAUUUCUGCUUUUGGCCAGAUAAGGAUUUAAGCUAUGAUCACCUUGCAUCAGGACUAAAAACAGCCCUCGAAAAUGAUCCUUCAGCAUUCGAUGCUGAUCGUCUACAGAAGUACACUGGUCCUGAAUUGAGGAAAAUGCUGAAAUGGCAGAAGCCAUUACCCUUGGAGGAUGAACGGAUCCGCUUAUUGCAUGAGGUUGGGUUAGAGCUUGAGAGACACUUUGAUGGGAAGGCAUCAAAACUUGUGGAAUCUAGUGGGAAGUCUGCAGUAAAGCUUGUGUCUCUAAUAACUAGCCACUUUCCUGGGUUCCGUGAUCACACGCUCUACAAAGGUCACCAAGUCUUCUUGUACAAAAGAGCCCAAAUUUUUGUGGCAGAUUUAUGGGGUGCCUUUAAAGGCCAAGGAUAUGGAGAGUUCAGUGACAUAGGAUCAAUUACCAUUUUUGCUGACUACAUUGUUCCGGCUGUUCUUCAACAGCUUGGGGUGUUGAAAUAUAGUUCUUCUCUGGCCAAAUCUAUCGAGACAAACACUGAAAUUGGAUCAGGCAGUGAAGAGGAGGUGGAACUGCGAGCUUGCUCUAUCCAUGCUGUCGAGAAAAUGAGGGAGUUGAUAAGUAACAAGUCUGGGAAGCAGGUAUUGAGUGUGGAGCUCGAUCUGUGGUUAUGGGCUUGUGGCAUACAAUGCCUGUCUCUUCAACACCAUCGGACACUCUCAAUAUUUUAUUGAGCCAACAAUACAGCCCAAAGGUCACGUAACUCUUUCUUAAAUCACUAUAGCGUCUAAAAAUUUUGGGAUAUUUUACAUGUCUUUUCUUCUUGUCAUGGAUGCACUCUAACUUGUUCACAUUUAGCCAAUGAUGCUUUGAAAGAUAUGCUUGGCCCAUGGAACUUUGAAUUAUUAUUGCAUUAAAUUGCAUAAAACUCU